AUGUGGCGAUUCUACUACGGUUUCGUGCUGAUGCUCGUGCUCAUUGCCUUCCUGCCUCUCACGACAGCCCUUGUGGACAACCUGCAUCUUGGAAGCAAAGAGAAACUGAUCUUUGCCAUUAUCACCACCAUCAUAACUUCUGGCUUUCUUGUGAUCGCGGUUCCUGCGAAGCUGUUUCAGUGUGCUUCUUGUAAUUUGUCUUCUGGCGGCACCUUUGACGAUCUUGACCAGCAGGAGCGGACACCGCGCAGCAGCAGUGAUAGUGUCCAGAAGACACUUCCUCUCGACCAACCAACAGUCUUGGAAGAGAGUGUGUACACAGAGAUCGACUACAUCGCGCCACAGUACCAAACAUCCUUCCUCCAGAAUCUUCUCUCCGUCAACUUGUGGGCACACUGGUGGACUUCGUUCUGCAUUGUCGGUGCUGAGGGUGAGGUCCUGAACAAUGCCAGUUACAUCUUUGGUGCUUUGGCUGGCGAGAAAACUUCCACAUCCACCCGCACACUUCUCACCGUCCUUAGCGGUGUCGGCAGUGCAGCUGGUCGGCUGCUUAUGUCGUACUUUGAGGCAUGGUCGCAGAUGCGCCCAGCAGAGAAGCGGAUUCCACUGACAAUUGCGCUGUUCAUUCCUACCACGUCGAUCAUCAUCGCUAUUGUGCUGUUUCUCGCUCUACCCAAGCAGGCGCUUCCCGUCCCGUACGUUAUCGCGGCCAUUGGUAACGGUUUCCUCGCCGCGACUACAAUCCUAAUCACGCGCAUCAUCUAUGCAAAGGACCCUGCGAAACACUACCACUUCUGCUUCUUGUCAACUGCCGCUUCGUCCAUCGCCCUCAACCGCUUCCUCUACGGUGAGUGGUAUACGGUUCAGGCAGAGAAGCUUGACCACUCUCUUUUCUGCACAAGCCGCAAGUGCGUCCAGACACCGCUCAUUGUGCUGCUCGGCUUGGCAUGCAGCGCUUUUGCAUCGAACAUCAUAGUCCACCUCACCUAUCGCCGCUACAGCGAGCGCGCUCUUUCUGAACGUCAACGUCUCCGCAGCGAGAACUCCCAGAGUACGGGGCCGCUCGACAAUGGCCAACGGCAGCUGUGA